GAUUUCCCGCGGCCUUGCCAGUACUGCGGACACGGGCUGUUGCCACACUUGCGCCGCGGGCGGGUCCGUGCUGGAGAGUGGGAGAAGGGUCCCUGCUGGCUGCCGUGUCCUGGGUGGGCACAGAGCUCUGACCUUGGCCAGAUGGGCUGGUUUCCGGGUGUUUUGAUCCUGACAUCGCCAAAGCCUCAGGCUUCUCUCCCGGGGCCCUUGCCGUUGCUGUAUCUCUUGGAUGCCGUGCAGAACGGAAUCAGGCAGCCAAGCCUCAGGUUCACCUUCUCCCUCACCCUCUGCGCUGCUCGUGUGGCACAGCAGAUCCUGAAGCCAGAGGAGCACGUGUACAUAAGGGUAAAGAGAUUCCUUCUGUCGCACUGGUGUUUGGACCUGAGGAAGGUACCGGGCUUUCUCCAGCUUUUCUACAGUUUUGAUUUUGAGAAAACAGAGCGUGAGUGGAUCCUCAGAUUUCUUGGGGAAGGGCUGCGUGACAAACAUUGCUGUGAGCUUUAUGUCUACCAGAGGAUUUUCCGGGUCAUUCUUGCCUUUUUCAGCAGUCCUUUGUGUGACCAGGGCUCCCAGCGUCGUAUUCUGGAGAUAUGACAGAGUGCUGCCCGUGUCACCUCUAGAGCUGCCCAUGAGCUGAUAGAGGAUCACAGCCUCCUCUCGUGGGUCCUGCACGGCUUAGAGAAAAGGUAACCAGCCAAGUACGGGAGAAAUGGGGACAAUUUCCUGUCCACGGCUGAAGAAUGACGUGGCUGAGGAUGAAAGCAAGGGGGACAGACCUGGAGA